AUGUCCCAGAGUCAUGGCGCGCCCGCAGUCACGCUAAAACCUCGUCGCCUGCUUCGUGGCGAGAUCACAUAUUCCGCUGCAAAAACUCAGGACGCCAAUAUUCUCCAUGAGCUGGGCUACAGGAAUCAGAAAAUUCGAUAUUUUACUCAUCUCUACCGGAAUCGCAAGCUGAUUGAAACAAUUGUUGCGCACCACCUCGGCUUGGCUUCGGCAAAUGCAUGUCAUCUUGUUGAUGUGGAGGACUGGAUAGAUGGAAGCUUCAAUGUUUGCAUCGGAGUUGAUAUCGAUGGCCAGGAACGAGAUGGCGGAAAUAAAUUGAUGAUUCGAUUUCCCUUGCCAUACCGGGUUGGCGAGGACUCUUGCCCAGGAAACGCAGAUGAGAAGAUCCGUUGUGAAGUGGGCACAUAUGCAUGGCUCCAAGAAAACUGUCCAGAUGUGCCCAUUCCGCGCCUGUACGGAUUUGGACUAUCUACUGGUCAGACCUUCACUCUUCUCGACAACCUGCCGUUUAUAACCCGCGCUAUUGAGUAUGUGCGCCGUCGUUUGUUAAAAUGGCUGGGGCAUCCAGUUCCUUCUCGCUACGUUCAACAUCAAAGCAAAGUGAAUUCUACCCUAAGCACAGGGUAUUUGUUGAUUGAAUAUAUCGAUCCAUCACGGGGCAAAAUGCUUUCCGAAACAUGGGAGGAAGGACGCCAUGAUGUUAACUUGAGAACAAAUCUCUUCCAUGGUAUUUCACGCAUUUUACUGGCUUCGGCACGCACACCGUUACCAAAAAUCGGUUCCUUUGUUUUAGAUAAUAGAGGGUACUUGAGUUUAAGUAACAGACCUCUUACUGUUCAACAUCAACUAUUGGAAAAUGAGCACAUUCCAGUUGACAUCCCGCGAAAUGUGACUUAUUCCACAGUUGACUCCUAUAUCAAUGAUAUUCUUGCCUACCAUGAGAGCCGCUUCCGCCACCAGCCUAAUGCGCUCAGUGAUCUUCAGGAUGGCUUCUAUCAGACAUGUGCAUUGAUGGUUAUGAGAAGUGUUUGGCCUUGUUUUUUUCGCCGUGAUCUUUUUCGAGGUCCAUUCUUUCUAUGCCUCACCGAUCUACAUCAGAGCAACAUUUUUGUGGAUGAUGAUUGGAAUGUCAAGUGCCUUAUCGAUCUCGAGUGGGCCUGCUCCCGCCCUGUGGAAAUGAUCCACCCUCCGUAUUGGUUGGCAAACCAAACUAUCGAUAUGGUUGACGUCGAUGACUACGAGAGUCUUCGCAAAGAAUUCAUGGAGGCCCUUGAGGAGGAAGAAACGAAGAGCACGCCAGGAUUGCAACAGUCGCCAGUCCAACUAUACCCCAUUUUGCAACAGGGAUGGGAGAGAGGGACCUUUUGGUGCUCUCUUGCGCUUAAUAGCCCAACAGCCUUGUUCAAGAUCUUCUACGACUACAUCCAACCGAAGUUCUCUAAGACUCAUAAAGAUGACGAAGCAUUCUGGUUAAUCACGAUGCGUUACUGGGCGUUUGAUGCAUUUAAUUUUCUUGAACGCAAAUUGAAAGAGAAGGAGCAAUACGAUAUAUCUUUGCGGGAAGCAUUUGAGGAAUGUUCGGAUGCUAAGACCAAUACAUCUUAG